CGUGUUCCACUUCCACGCCGAGCACAACCACAGCUUCCAGCAGCAGCUCUCCACCCAACGCCGAGGACAAACCGGAGAUAGAUGCUCCCUUACACGACGGUGGCGGACGCGGAGGCGGCUCUGGGGCGCGCCAUGACAUGGUCCGAGGCCGCGUGGUUCAGGUACUCGGCGGCGACGCCGGACUACUGCCUGUACUGCCACAACGUCGUCAUCCUCCUCGUCGUCUACACGCUCGCGCCGCUGCCCCUCGCGCUGUUCGAGCUCUGCGCGCCAGCGAAACUGACAGCGCCGUACAAGCUGCAGCCCCGGGUGCGGCUCUCGCCAGCCGCCUUCCUCCGCUGCUACAGGGACACGGCGCGUGUCUUGCUCCUCACCGUUGGCGCGCUUCAGCUCGUCUCCUACCCUGUCGUUAAGAUGGUGGGGAUCCGGACGGGGCUGCCGCUGCCGUCGGCGGGGGAGAUGGCGGCGCAGCUGGCCGCGUACUUCCUCGUGGAGGACUACCUGAACUACUGGAUCCACCGACUGCUGCACACGGAGUGGGCCUACGACAAGAUCCACCGCGUGCACCACGAGUACACCGCCCCCAUUGGCUUCGCCGCGCCGUACUCGCACUGGGCGGAGGUGCUCAUCCUCGGCGUCCCGGCCUUCGCCGGCCCGGCCAUCGUGCCCUGCCACAUGACCACCUUCUGGCUCUGGUUCGUCAUCCGUCACAUCGAGGCCAUCGACACGCACGGCGGGUUCAACUUCCCUUUCAACCCAACCAAGCUUAUCCCGUUCUACGGAGGUGCAGAAUACCACGACUACCAUCACUAUGUAGGAAGGCAGAGCCAGAGCAACUUCGCUUCAGUUUUUACGUUUUGUGAUUAUAUAUACGGCACGGAUAAAGGCUACAGGUACCAUAAGGCAAACCUAGCCAAGAUGAAGGACAUGGCAAAAUACAAUGAUGAAAAAGGAGGGAGUGAUGCAUUCAUAAGCGGGAAACAAGACUAGGACCUUUGGGAUAGCUUCUUUGUGAAGAGUUUUUUUAUGAUAAGUUGGCUAUCAGAGAAGCAACCGUCUAAGAAUUAGCUGGCUGGAGAAGAUGGUCCUUUGGCAACUCUAAUUUUCUUUUGGAAGAUUAUCUGUCUUGAGCGUGUAAUGACUAUUAUACCUUGAAUCGUAUGAACUUGUUUGCUUUCUGAAUAA